UUUGUAGGUUAGUACAGCGUGUACGCGCGGAGUGCAAAGAGGUGACAGGAGGUAAUCCCUCAGCAUGUGGGCGGGGAUGAGCCAAACGGUGCCGGCCUUAUAAAAGCAGGCUGCGCGCACGUCGCUAGAGUUCCGUCCCAAAUGCGCGGAGGCGACUGACGGUCGGCUCGGAUCUCCCCCCCCCCCUACCCCCACCCCAACCCCGUUCCCCUGCGCGCGCAGGCCGCACCAUGCACGACUCCGGCGGCGCGCAGCUGGCUCGGGCUCUGCAGCUGGCCGCCGUCUUUCUGCUGCUGGUGCCUCGCUUCCUCGCCGCGGCCGUCACGCUCUGGCUCCUGGACUUCCUGUGCAUCCGGCGCAAGGUGCUGCUCCAGAUGGGCGCGCGUCCGCACAGCGCCGACGACCCGCCGCUGUGCGUCUCCGACUCCAACCGCAUGUUCACGCUCGAGUCCCUGCGGGCCGUGUGGUACGGCCAGAAGCUGGACUUGCUCAAGUCGGCGCGGCUGGGACGCGCGGCGCCCAACACGGAGGUGGUCCUGGUGCCCGAGCGCCGUCCGCUGCGCCUCCUGGACUGCGUGCGCGGCGCGCGGCCGCUCGUCCUCAACUUCGGCAGCUGCUCCUGACCGCCCUUCAUGACGCGCCUGGCCGCCUUCCAGCGCGUCGUCAGCCAGUACGCGGACAUCGCAGACUUCGUGGUGGUCUACAUCGAGGAGGCGCACCCGGCCGACGGCUGGGUGAGCUCGGACGCCCCCUACCAGAUCCUCAAGCACCGCUGCCUGGAGGACCGGCUGAGCGCUGCGCACCUGAUGCUGGCCCGGGUGCCCGGCAGCAGCGUGGUGGUGGACAACAUGGACAACUCGUCCAACGCCGCCUACGGAGCCUAUUUCGAGAGACUCUAUGUGGUGCGCGACCGGAGGGUGGUCUACCAGGGGGGGCGGGGCCCGGAGGGCUACCGGAUCUCCGAGCUCCGGAAGUGGCUGGAACAGUACCGGAGGGACAUGAGCGCCUGUCCGGUACUGCAAGCCUAACUCACGAGGAACUGGUUUUCCCAUUUUGUUUUUGUCUGCCAUACGCCCCCACCUCCCCCCAACGGUGUUUCUCAUGGGGUACGUAGAUGUGUGAUGACUCCACUAACUCAGGGGUUCUCAAACUUUUUGGGUCCAGCGGAGAAAAAAAAAAAAAGAAAAUUGUCUAAUUGUCAUGACAAACAAUCAAACAGGUCCGGCCCAUGAUGCCAUGGCAAUAUAAAUUAAAAAAAAAAUUCUGUAUGAAGUGAAAUUUUCCCAGUAUAUGAUCAUAUUGAACAGGGCAAGAAAGUUAUCUUACCCUCAUGUUAUUCUUAAGAAUUAUCUUUUAAAGAACAAAGAGAUUUUUUCACAAUAUAAAUUUUUAAUCUUACAAGCGUAAGAUAAAGUCAGAUAAUGAAGUCCAAAUUGAGCAAGAGCAGAAAGUCAUUUUAAGUGAUUUUCAAAAAUGCCAUUUUAUCCUCAGAAUAUUAGAUUUUUUUUUUUUAUUCUGGGAAAGAUCGCUUUGUUCUCUGACAAAACUGGACAAUUGUCGAAGAGAUGUUUUGUUCCUACUUCAUUCCUGUAUUAAUGCACCUUUUGCUCUUAAAAGACUUAAUUCACGCAGGAAUGUCAGAUUUAGUGUCACGUCACUAUCAUAUCAGUGCUUUUCAUAGGUCCAAAGUCCAGGUAGGGAGGAGUCAUGUGUCUAUGUGUUGUUUUUUUUUUUAAAUGAUACAACAAAUUGCAAAUCACAACUUGCAGACCACCGGGGUUCCGAAGACCCCAAAUUUGAGAUCCACCGUUACAAAGGACUAUUGUAGUAUUUGAACGCUGUUUGGGUUCCAGGCGGCACCCUGGGGUGUCUGCGUGAAGUUCGGUUCUCAAACGGCCCAGCCACAGAACCGACACUGAUGUUUGUGACACCCCGGUGGGUUGGCCCGCGUGGUCCCCGUACCCGUGCCGGGCACCAGGAUGACACCUGGAACAAUUAGGACGUGACGUCACGCUGUGUAAUUGAACAAACUUGUUUGUUUUUUGUAGAAAAUAAAUGAACGAGGCCGAAUCUCCUGGAGUGACGUCGUGAUGUAUUUUGUUACAGUUUGUGGCUCAAAUUGAGGUUUAUGAAGAUGUACGUAUCAGUGUAUCAUAUAUGUUUACCCCCCCCCACUCACCACCAAUGAUACAGUUAAAAUAGACCUAUUUGAUUACAUGCAACAAAAAAAGAAAAUUGAAAAGAAAUAAUGUACUUAUCCUGCUUGUCUUAUUUUUCAUUAUUUUCUUUUUUGUUAUAGAACUUAUUGAUAUAUUUUUUUUACUGAUAAUCAGGUCACCAUGAUCCAGGAACAUUUUUUUAUUAAGCAGUUAGCACAAAAAAAAACAAAACUAUAUAUCCUAAAAAG